UUGUGUCAUAAAUAAAACUAAAAUUUGUCGAGACAUUUCGUACAUAAAUAAACAAAACUCUCGGUCAUUACAAUCCCAAAUUGACACCAAUUUAUUCCAAUGUUCACGUAAUAGUUAUCAGGACGUCAAUUUAGGUUCCAGUUGCGAAUUCGCCCGGCAUUUUCGACUGAUAUGUGUGACGGGUGAAGUUUAUAAUGGCUCCUGUGUUUAAGAAUGAUGUAGUAAAUAGAUUGCUUAACGUGAGGCUGGACGAUGGGGGGAACGGGGAUGAGGUUCCGCCGCAGAACAUGCUGCCAUCUAACCAGCAGGCGAGGCAAGGGAGCAAUGCGCCUGACGAAGAAAGCGGGCCGUCUUGCGAGCCGAUCGCGUCGUCGUCUGCAAUCGAGAAUCUUCAACCUACGAACAGCAGCGGCGGCCGAUUACACAACUGGCAAGCGACCAAAACGACCGUCAAGGAACGCCUGUCCUUUCUCUUCAACAACGAAAUAUUGUGCGACGUCCAUUUUAUCGUGGGUAGGGAGGCGAACCAGCAAGUUAUACCCGCACACAAGUUCGUCCUCUCCGUCGGCAGUGCGGUCUUCGAUGUGAUGUUCAAUGGCGUCCUAGCGACCAAAUCUGACGAAGUAGAGCUACCCGAUGUGGAGCCGGCGGCGUUCCUCCAUUUACUUAAGUUCCUAUACUCGGAUGAAGUUCGGAUUGGUCCGGAGAGUGUUAUGACAACUCUGUACACUGCUAAGAAGUAUGCGGUAGCCGCUUUAGAGGAGCAUUGCGUGGAUUUUUUAAAGAGUAACUUGGGUACGGACAAUGCUUUCCUGUUAUUGACACAGGCGCGGCUGUUUGACGAGCCGCAACUAGCUGCGCUCUGCUUGGAGAUGAUAGAUAAAAAUACAGCUGACGCUUUAAAUGCUGAAGGUUUUACUGAUAUUGAUCAAGACACCUUGAAUGCAGUUUUAGAAAGGGACACCCUACGCAUCAGAGAAGCCAAAAUAUUCUCAGCGGUACUGCGCUGGUCAGAGGCUGAGUGCAUCCGUAGACAACUCCCUGUAACCCCCACCAACCAACGCACAUCACUAGGACGAGCCUUCAACGCCAUCCGUUUCCCCCUUAUGUCUGUAGAAGAAUUUGCAAUGGGCCCCGCACAGAGUGGUCUACUCGAUGACCGUGAAAUAGUUCAACUGUUUCUUUAUUUUACCGUAAACCCUAAACCAAAUGUUGGGUUUCUAGACACACCAAGAUGUUGUAUGACAGGGAAGGAGUUAACGGUGAACAGGUUUCCGCAGACGGAGUCUAGAUGGGGUUACAGUGGGACUACUGACCGGAUCAGGUUUACGGUGGACCAAAGAAUAUUUGUAGUUGGUUUUGGACUGUAUGGGUCGUAUUUCGGACCGACGGAGUAUGAAGUACAUCUGCAGAUAAUUCACCUAGCAACAAAGAAAGUAUGCGGCUCCAACACAACGACGUUCUGUUGCGACGGCACCGACGACACCUUCCGCGCCAUGUUCAAGGAGCCUGUCGAGAUACUGCCCAACACUUCUUACAUCGCGUCUGCUAAACUCAAGGGCACAGAUUCGUACUACGGCACCAAAGGUCUCCGCCGCGUGACGGUGGACUGCAACAACGGGGAAAAGGUAGUCUUCCAGUUCUCGUACGCGGCCGGCAAUAAUAACGGGACUUCGGUCGAGGACGGUCAGAUACCCGCCAUCAUAUUCUACAUAUAAGCAGAGAAAAACCACAGAUUAUAUUUGUUCCAAACUAGUGAUCCAAAGGGCUCGAGCCUUUUAGCUCUUUUUUUAGGGCUCGCGUCAUCUCUUGACGCCUAAAAGGCUAAACGCCUGUUUAGCUCUUUAGCCCCCGAGCCUAGUUCUGUUUAAGAGCCUACGCUAUUUAAGAGAUGAGGCGAGCCCUAAAAAAAGAGCUGCAAAGGCUCUUUUCGAUCACUAUUCCAAACACAAAAUUAAAAUUUAAAAAGACGAAUUCAUACUAUGAAUUAUCUCAGGUGAUUUUUUCGGGCUCGGACCCUAAUGUGUUAAACAAAAGGUAUUGUUUCCUUUAUGCAGUGGUUAUAAUGCUUACUGCUAAUAGCCCCGACAUAAGUAACGGGAACAAGCCCGUUUAAAAAGCAAAUUUACCGUUCUAAUCAUAUGGUUCAGAUUUAUGAAACAGCCCAUUCGGAGAUAACACGUUUUUGUUAUCUCCAAAAACAAGACCACCUGAUUGUUCUCUGAACAAGCUAUCAUAUGAAUUUGAACCUUAAUACUAUCACGAUAGUUGCUUUUUAAACGACAUGGUUACUUUGGCGCGUGCCGCUCUUAAAAGAAACAAAUUCUUUUGUUUAACGGAUUAGCACCCGAACUCGAAAAAAUCAUCUGAGAUAAUUCAUACUAUACUAAGAAGCUGAUUUUCUAACGCGCCGAUUUUCUCGUGUACGCGUCAUGAACACAUUCGCAACUGUGACUAUGUGUGGGUUCGAAAUUCUUCUAGUCACGAAGUCAGUUUUGUCUUUUCUGUUUUUUUUUGUUUUGGAACCAAACUCUGGACUAUGGUGUAUCAUCCGGUCCGCUCGUUAGAUUAUAAUCAUUAGAUAAAAUCGUAAAAGCUAAAAAAGCAUCGUUGACAAAAAAUAUUGCCGCGAGAACCGGGUCAUAGGAAAAUAAACCUUAUGACCUAAGUCGUAGAUCGAUUAUCAUACGUCUCUCUCUACGCAUUCUGUCUCAUUUCAACGAGCUGUGCACUGUUUAUCAAAAGCUUGUAGCUUGUAAUACAAGUGGAAGUCCCUUUCUAACAAAAGCUGUCAAAAAGGGACUUCCACUUGCAUUACAAGUUACAAGCUUUUGAUAAACAGAGCACUAGUAUUUAAAAAGUACGUGAAUUGACGUCAAUGUGCAAUGGAUUUUGUUACGUAGAACAUUAAUCAAAUUAUUUAUUUUUCACCUCAGCAGCUCGAACAAGGGUACUUUGCUCACUUAGUGAGACAGUAUGAGUGAGCAAAAUCGUACUUUGCUCACUGAGUGAGACAAAAUGUCAUUCAAGUGACUUUUAUAGUCAAAUGUCAUUUCAACAUGCGGGGUCUAAUACAAGUUCGAUAUACUUGGGUUCUAUUAUCUCUGUCCCUCUAGGUAUGUUCUCACUGCUUAGUGUGAAAAAUUUUGUGUACUACACGAGAUCAAAGUUAUUUACAUCUCGUGCGCUUUUGAAUCCCUUACUACGCUCAAGAUUCUAAAUUAGAUUCACGAGCGUAGCGAGUAUUAUAGAAUCUUUCGCUUGCACGGGACUCAAAAUAAGCACUCGAAGAAAUAUCAAACUUUGAUCUCUUGUUGUACAAAUAACUAUUCAAAAUGCGAGGAGCGAAUGUUAUGAAUUUUAAUACAUUAUAUGAUUUAGAACUCCUGAUAUAAAUUUAUGUUUUUGUACAUACUUCCAAUUAUUUAUACGCUUUUUUUGAAAAAAUAUAUUUUUUUAAUGCUACAAUUUCUGUGAUUUUUAUGUUAUUUCUACUCGGAUCACUUUUUAAUACUAAUAGAACAUUAAUUAAAUAUCCCGAAGUUUUUUGUUAUAUUGAACCGCAGAGAAAGCUUUCAAAAAUGUAUUUAAAAUGUGUUUUUCUCUUGAACUGAGUAGAAAUAACAAUGUUGUAGUAAAAGCAAAAAUAUUUGUCCAGUCAGCAGCAGAAGUUGCUAAGGGGUUAUCCAUU